GAGACCAUAACAAACCCAGACCAAGACCAAGAGUUAGUAGUUGGCAACACUGUUUCCUUGUUUACAGCUUGUACGGAAACUAGAGUUACUCAUUGCUGAGUUCCGUGUACAUUAACUUUCACCCUAAUUCUGUGUGGUCCCGCGGAUCCAAGAUGACUGGGAUGAAAGAAUUCUUUAACUUAGUGCUGGCAUUGCAUCCAUCACGGAAAUCUUCACUACAGCCAAUUCCAAGAGUAGCACUGAGGAGACUUUCCCUCGAAACUAUCAAGAAAUAUACAGAAAUACAAGAUGUGUUUGAAUCAUCCCAUGAGAAAUCUGCAUCACCUUUAAAGUCUUCCCCAAGAAAGGAGUCAUCUACAGCACUUGAAUCAAGUUUACAGCAUGAAACUGAAAAGGAAGAUUAUGAAAACUUUGCUGUUGAGUCAAGUGAGAAUGAGGAUAGUGAUGACUCAUCCACCAUUAAGGAAAAUGACACCACAGAACAAGGAGAAGGUGAAGACCAAGAUGCAUCAGGUUUCUCCAGCUCAGAUGAACUGCCUGAUCUAAAUGAUCCAUCAUGGAGUUCCAAGGAAGUAAAAAAGAAAGAAAUGAAGAUACAGAAAAAGAAAAAGAAAAAUGUGUUGCCAAAGACAGAUGCAAAGCUAAUGAAGUCUGCAAGGAGAGCAUUUCAGCACCAAGCAGUUCGAUAUAAAGCUUCCCAGGAAUUUAUGAAAAACACUAAAAUUUCUAAAGAAGUCCAGCAUAUAGGAUUAAAGUCACCAUGUCCUGAUGAUCAUUCUCCACAUAAUGAUAAAUUAAGAACAGGUAACCAUAAAUUGCCCAGCACAGAAUCACACUUGCCAAGUGAAGGGAGCACUCUAUCAGUUACUAAGGAUACAACAAUACAAGUAAAGGAGAAAACUGGGAAUGCAGAGGGUGCUGUGGAAUUGCCAGACAAAUCUCCUACUGAGCUUAUGAGUUUGAAAUUGAGGGAAAGUAUAACAAGAUAUGAUAGACAAGAAAAAAUAAUGUCUGUAUCAGAUGUCACAGGUGUGGAAGCACACCCAACAAAUGCUGUAGAACAUGAAAAUAGGGAUGGUGAAGAGUCAGAUCAUUCACAGGAUUCUAAUUACUCUGGCUGUACUGUUUUUUUUGAUAGCAAUGAGAUAGAGGAGAUCUACACCAUUAGGUCUGAUCAUGCCAUGUCAGAGGAAACAAGUGUUGAUAAUGAAAAUUUUAUGUCACCUGCAGAAGAAAGAAAUUGUAACAGUAAGAGAAAAGGCAGUCCUUUACAAGAGGAAUCUGAUGAGACAGCUAAGAGGCAGAAACAGGAGGACAGACAGGAAGAGGCCACUGAAAUAGAUGAAAAUCAGCAACCAAUGGUUGUGUUACCUUUCAGUAUUUCAAGUUCUGUUUGUAUAUCACCGCCAGUUGCAACAAGUACUAUACCUUCCUGCUUAGUCACACCUGUGGUUCAAGUACCACUGAAAACUUUUAGGAGCACUGUAGAUUCUUCAAAUGCACCUAGUCAAGCAAAUGAUGCAGCUGAAUUAGAAAAUAAAGAAAACAUGGAGAAAGAAGACCAUGAUCUCCCAUGUAAGAUUUCCUCAGUCAGUAGUGUGGCAACUGAAAAAAGCUAUGAUGAUAUUGACAGUACACAUGAAAAGGUUUCACAUCCAUCUAGUAUACCUCAGAAUGAGUACAUUCUAAUAGAUAUUAGCUCUUCCCAAGAAAAUGGUGACAGCUCAGGAGGAAAUGUACAUGCAGUAACCCCAGAACCUUUAGAAGACAGUGGACUGUUCCUGAAAGUAUCAAAUGUUACAUCUUUAUCGAGCAGUGCCAACACUUUUAUUACAGACUCAGCUCACAAGGAAACUAACAGAGAAGAUAGUACAAACACAAAAGAAGUGGUAACUGACAGCAGCAACAAUGAAACUGAAGAUCAACAGGAAAAGAUUAGUAGUAUCUCCAAGAAACCAGUAACUGGGUCCAAGGAAAAUGCUUUCAGGUCCUUAAAAGAAUUAUCAUUGCAGUUCCAUGAGCUAACCACAAAGAGAAUGGAAUGUGAGAAGAAAAUCAGAGAGCUUAAAGAGGAGUAUAAUAAGAAGCUUGAGGCUCUGGAAGAAGAAAAGAAAAAUUUUGAUAUUAAUAUUAGUAAGAUGAUAGAUGCCAUGAGUGAAUGUAAAGAGCUAACUGAAGAACUUGACAAGAAACAAGAACCUGGUAAAGAGCAAGAACUUGCUGGUCCUGAUACAAGUGCAACUGCUACAGGGCCCAGUUCUGAAUUGACUGCCACUCCUCCUACUAGUAUUGCAGUGGUACAAUUACCAGAGAUCAACCAUGUGAUGGUGCCAACAACAGGCCUCAAUGAAAAGAGUAGCUCAGAAAGAAUACAUAUCAAUGUAAUCCCUGCUGCUAACAUCAAAAAUUUUGGCAAGAAAAAAUAUCGUUCAGUCCUGAAGACGCAGUCAAGGGAUCCUGGCCAGCAGAUCACUGCUCCAUGCAAGCCGACAAAGAAAACUGAGAAAAAGACGAAAGAUAAAGAUCUGAAGUCCUUCAGGCACAAUCCAGUCCAGACUCGCCAAGUUAGUCAGGAAGCAACAAUCUCAACACCUCAGUCCAAUUUAAGUGUGGUACAGACAGCUGUAAAUCUUACUCACUUUCAAGAAACUCAACCCCAAAGCAGUUCAGGGGAUUGUUCUGCAAAAAGUCUUCAAUUGAGGUCAGAUGUGCUGCAUUAUUCAGCAUAUGACAAGCACCCACCACCAAAUGCUGUGGUGGUACCUGGCCAGCAACACCCAGUAGUGACAUCAUCGCAUAUUGUAUGUGCUGCACCCCCUCAGCCAAUCAUCCACACUGCUCAGAGGCAUGGCCCCGUGUGCCAGGUGAAAGCUAUGCCAGGAUUGUUACCCUCUGGUCAUAAGAAUCCUGUGAAUUCUCAGACACAAACUUUAUAUCAAGUACAACAGAAGGCCCAGCUCCUACCAGUACAAGAUUUCUUGCAGCAGCAACAACCACAUCUGUUUCAUUUACUACAGAAAACAUCACAGAAGCAAAAACAGCCAAACCUGCAACAUAAGCAGCAUCAGCAACAAACUCAGCUCCAGUUAUCCAAUAAAACUCUUGUUAUACAGCAGCAGCAGCAGCAGCAGCAGCAGCAGCAGCAGCAGCAGCAGCAGCAAAAUAAUUCCCAGUGUUACUCCCAAAACUAUAACCCAGUGCCAGGACAGCAUCAAAACAUCACACAAGGGCGAGUUAUACCAGCCACAUUGUCUUCACCAGGGAGCAGUAACAGUGUAAAUUGUACUACUGUCCAAACAGCAUCAAACUUCACACCUAGUGCUAUUAUUGGCAGGGACAAUAAUACUGCUGUAGCUCUCAAGAGAAUGGUAGUCUCCCAUUCUCAAAUGGGGAACUCAUUAACAUGUACUGGCAGUAAUAUUCAGAAAACGACAUACAUACCAGUAGUUAGUUCUGUUAAUCUCAACCAUCUUCAAACUCAGUCUGCUAAUGUAUUAGCUGAUAAGAGACUUAUUGGCACUUCAUCGUCUUCACGUGUCUCAACAGCAACAACAACAGUCAACACUCAUCAAGUGGCAGCAGAAUCACAAAUAGAUCCUUCAUCACACACAGCUGGCAUCACUUCAGAAGAAAGUGAGCCUGUCUGUGUGAUGUGUAGGGCACCCGGUACCUACGUGUGCUGCAACAAUGUGAUCUACUGCAGCACAGCCUGUCAGGGCAAAGACUGGUCAUCUCAUCAGCAAAUAUGUACAAACACAUCAUCACCAGACUCAUCUUGAAACAACAUCAAGAGAAGAAGAGUAGUGUUAUUGGAAAGAAAUUUCAGUAUUGGUUAACAAAGUUUAAGUUCUGUACAUUAGAAAGAUAGUUCUGUACAUUGUCAUAAUUAUAGGUUUUGUUUAUCUUCAUUACUAAUCAAGAGAUUUACCUUUAUUUAGUGGACUUCUGAUCUCGCUCUACUUUUCUGACAUCUUACUAUUCAUCUUCUCAAUGUGACUAAGAUAAUUCACUGUAUUUCUUUUCAACCCAAAUAGUUCAGUUUUCUUUCUUCUUCCUCUUACUUUGCAUAAUCACCUCACACCUUGCUUCUAGUGCACUCAUCCUAUAAAAUCUGCUAAAAUCACACAAAUAUCUGCUUCUUUCCUCUUCCUGCUUCCUUCCCCUUCCCAACAUUCACCUUCAAUUUCAGUCUCAUGCAAACACUAAAGUUCAUUUGCCACAUUUUGAAAUUGCCUUCACAAAAGACAACUCUCUUCUUUCACACAUAACUAUGUGGACCUAAUUACACUCACCCCCUUUACUUAAAAUUCUAAAUUAAAUAUGGCAACUCCUACACCAGCCUCAGAGUCCCUGCCUGGGAAGUGGACUACAAAUGACCCCAGGUCGGACUGCUCUUCUGGUAUCAGCCAUAAGUGUCUUGACACCCCCCUCAACUUUUUCUUCAUUAACUUCUGCAACAUUCGUGGCCUUAGAUCUAAUUUUCAAUCUUUUGAACUCCAUCUCUCCUCUACUAAACCUCAUCUUCUUUUCCUCACUGAAACACAGGUGUCUGAGGCAACUGACAGUAGCUCCUUUUCUGUUCCCUCCUACUUUCUCUAUCCUCAUUUUAAAUCAUACCUUGGAUGAUUCAGGGCUUCUUCCUCCCUCUCCUCCAGCCUCUGACUACUUCAUGCUAUCCAUUCAGAUCCUUUGCAGUGAUGUUUUCCAUUCCAUCACUGGCCUUAACCGUCAGAAGGCUUAUGGAUGUGUUGGGGGUCCUUCCUAUUGUUCUCCAAAACUGAGCCUCUGUGCUUGCAUCUUGCCUAGUCCAACUCUUCCAAAUCUAUUUAUCAACAUCUACCUUUUCUUUGUGCUAGAAGUUUGCCUACAUUCAGCCUGUUCCUAAAAAGUUUGACCAUUCUAAUCCCUCAGACUACCAUUCUACUGCUUUAAUUUCUUGACUUUCUAAAGUUUUUUAAUCUAUCCUCAACAGGAAGAUUCUUAAACAUCUAUCACUUCACAACCUUCUAUCUGAUCACCAGUGUGAGUUCCAUUGAGGCUGCUCUACUGGUGAUCCCCUGGCUUUUCUUAGUGAGUCUUGGUCAUCCUCUUUUAGGGAUUUUUGGGAAAUUUUUUCUGUUGCCUUAGACAUAUCAAAAGGUUUUGAUAGAGUCUGGUACAAAGCUUUGAUUUCCAAACUACCCUCCUACAAAUUCUAUCCUUCUCUCUGUAACUUCAUCUCAAGUUUCCUUUCUGACUGUUCUAUUGCGGUUGUGGUAGAUGCUCACUGUUCUCCUAAGUCUAAUAACUGGUGUUCCUCAAGGUUCUGUUCUGUCACUCGUUCUCUUCCUAUUAUUCAUUACUGAUCUCCUAAAACCAAACUUCUUGUCCUAUCCACUCCUAUGUUGAUGAUACCACUCUGCACUUUUCUACAUCUUUUCAUAGACAUCCAUCCCUUCAGGAAGUAAACAGUUCACUCAGGGAAGCCACAGAACGCCUGACAUCUUUCCUCUAAAAUUUCUGAUUGAGGUAGAGCAAACUUAACAUUGUUUAGUGCCUCAAAAACUUAACUCCUCCAUCUAUCAGCUCGACACAACCUUCCAAAUAACUGUCCCCUCUUCUUCAGUGAUACUCAACUGUCCCCUUCUUCUACACUGAACAUCCUCAGUCUGUCCUUUGCUUAUAAUCUAAACUAGGAAACUUCAAAUCUAAUCUCUAGCUAAAGCAGCUUCAGGCAUUCUGAGUCGUCUCUGCCAGUUUACUCACCCCCCUAGCUGCUAACUCAGCAUGAGCCUUAUCCAACCAUGUGGUGAGUAUGCUUCACACGUAUGAGAGAUAGUUCACUUCACAGGGUAGAAUCAAAAGCUUUUUGUUUUAUCAACUUUCCUCUGACUGUCUUCAUCCUCUCUCUCAUCGCCAGUGUUGCAUCUCAUACUAUCUUCUACUGUUAUUUUCACACUAACUACUCCUCUGAUCUUGCUAAUUGCAUGCCUCCGCUCCUACCACAGCCUCACUGCACAAGACUUUCUUUUUCUCACUUAAAUGUUCUGUCCACCACUCUAAUGCAAGAGUUAACCAAUAUUCUGAAUCAUUCAUUCCUUUCUCUGGUAAACUCUGGAAUUCCC